AUGCAACAGAAUGAUGCCGGUGGACGCACGUCCCCAGAACUCUAUUCUUCCCCAGCGGGCCUGAACUAUUCCUGGGAGGAGGACAGAAAGUUCAUCCUGCGGGGCUGGUCUCUUGUCUUCAGCAUCCUCGCCACCCUGAUGGUGCUCAGUGUGGCGGAUGGGCGCAUGGCCUAUGUGCAGGGCUCCUACACUGGCUACAUGGGCAUCUGGACUGACUGCAGGAGGCACAAGUGCGCCAGCCUGGGCCAAGUCACUGUUCUCAUCCAUAUGAGCAUGGGCUUCAUGAUACUCGCCCUGGCCCUGUGUCUCAUCCUCCUCUCCACCAUGGGCCUCUCCUUCUGGCCAGUCUUCCGCCGCCUUAACAAGGUUGACCUUGUCUUCAGUUUCCUCAGCUUCGGCAUCGGGCUCCUGAUUGUCCUCAGCCUGACACUCUUUGUAGUCAACUGUGAGACGCUGCAACCGAGGCCGCGGAUAUCCUACCUGGUGACAACCUACCUGUGCUGGGGCUCUGGUGCCUUGAUGCUAUGGGCCGGAGCCCUGAAUUACUUAAACCAUGCAGGCAUGUGGAGCAACAGAACCAUCUCCUUGGAUUGGCAGGUGAGCUAUCGCAGGUGGACCUUGCAGCAGAACUCCCUGAGGAACAUGUUCAAACAGCAGUCAGACGCAGACCCCAACCACACCGUGGACCGUUCCAACUCACCCACACCUUAGGGGCACCCCUGGCCAAGCCUCUCUAAGCAAUUGUUUCUCAGGACACUGACUGGUAACCGUGGCCGUGUGAGAUCCGGCCCCCUUACUGUGGCCUUGGGCCUGAGAUUAGACCUUCCUUGAGGCUCCAUUCCCUAAGAACAGGCCACACCCUCCGAGGACAGAGGACAAAGCCCCGCCCCUCAAGCUAGGACUCACCCUUUGUGGCUCUGUUCCCUCCCCCUGAGUCUUUACCCUGCCCCCACUCCGGAAGUCCGACACCGCCUCCUCCCCGUUCUUUGCUAUGCCCCGCCCUCCCAGUGUGGCUUUUGAGUGUGGCCCCGCCCCCGAGCCUAG